AUGGCGGGAAGGAAGUCCCAGCGUAUUAUCCAGGCGAAGGAUAUUUUUGAUUGUGUACUAUGCCAAUUGAAUAACGUCUCAAAAUAUUUUGAAAAGGACCAGACCAAGUUAGUCUUGAGUAUCAAUCCCAAACCAGACCAAGACAUCCGAUUAGCUGCUCUGUUCAUGAGUGGAGAAGACCCCUGGGAUAGGAGUUUUUAUCGACUACUGGGUUCAAGGUCUUUGGCAUUGGAAAGGGAGCAAUGGCCCAACAAUAGACCGUUGGAUAGGGGUAUGGUCAUCCCAAAGACCUACGGCAUGGUUAGCAAAUUUCUGCGCAACCAAGGGCUAGAGGCCUCUACAUUUGUUAGAGAGGCAUUACGGUCUGGUCAGAUCCUUCUCCGUAUUGAGGAGGUGUUGGAGUUCCGGGAAUCUCCUUGUGUCUCUCCCGGAUUCCCGAAACUCCAGCACUUGCACGGGACGAAGAAGCAAAGCCAUACAGUUAUUAAAGUAGUCGAUAUUCUGUUGGCUGCACGCUUCCCCUCUGCUUGUGGGCUCAUGGAUACCAAGCAUGGUACAACUAUCACAUCGGUUAGUGUGCUGACCCACCAUCUCUUUCGCUUGUCCUGA